ACGUCAUCGCUGCGCUGUCGGUGGAGGUCUGCAGCGGGGACCCAGCCGCACUGCACACCCAGCGAACCGGCCAGGGGCGAGGCAGCUCCAUCAUCGCUAUGGGAAUUAAGCGCGGCGUCCUGAGCGAACCGAGCCCAUCACAGAGUGAUAACAGAGUAUAAGAGAGAGCAGCCCAGAGCGCCUUAUCCUCCAUCUUCCGCUGAGCUGAGGGGGACCGCGGUGAUGAUGAGCACAAACAUCUAGAGAUGAGAAGUGUUACUAAAGCACACAACUUGGACAAGGACGUUUGCUCGACACUCCUCCGUGUUCUCUGAUUCAGCAUGAUGCCCGUCAUCCAUGUGUCCGCCGUGCUCUUAUGUACGAUGGUGGCUGACAUCUCAGCCCGAGCUUUGACCACAUCUACCACAGAUGAUCAGCCUCUCCUCCCUCCACGCCACAAUCAGCACACAGACCAGGACUCAGGCACUGAGGUGGUCUGUGAUAAGUGCCCGGCAGGCACCUAUGUUUCUGUCCAUUGCUCACCAAAAAUGGUAAGGGAGUGCAGCCCCUGCCCUGAGGGUACCUUCACACGAGGUGAGAACGGUGUCCAGCAAUGCCACCACUGUCGGGCUCCCUGUCCUACAGGCUUCAUUGAGAAGGUGCCUUGCACAGCCACCCAGGACCGGGUCUGCACCUGUCCACCCAACAGCUUCCUAUCAAGGGACGGUGGUGGAGAGUGUAGACCCCACUCACUGUGCCCUCCAGGGACCAGGGUGAAAAAGCGGGGCACGGAAACAGAGGACGUUCUCUGUAAACAAUGCACCAAGGGGACAUUUUCUCUCGUGGAAUCCCGUGCUGCGAGUUGCAGAAAUCACACAGAUUGCCAGGCUCUGGGACUGCUGCUGCUUAAACCAGGAACAAAACGGACAGAUAAUGUCUGUGGACCCCCUUCUAGCACUUUAUCAACCGUCUCACCAACCACUUCAAUGGGGGCUGCAGAAGCUGCGUUUGUAAAGGGAUCUACGCUGUCCUCAACAAUGAAUGGGCCUGAACACAAAGGUCCAUCAGCAGCCAUUCAACUGAGGGAACCUAUAGGUGGGGCAAACAGAGGAGAGGAGCUGAUGGUCGCCCAUUUUGGCAGCUCCAUCCCACCAAACCAGGAAUCCUCAUGGACUUCCAUGUCCACCGCUCGAAAACAAACUAUUGAUCCAAAGCAAGAGCUGGGCGAGCCUAUUGCGAGACCUGAGUUAAAUAAGCCACGAAUGGAGCGUCCAGAUGGCCCAGAAGUAAUCAGGGUUGGAACUGGUAUCAGCAAUGUGGCUAAUGCUGGAAAUGGGGAUCCAGGCUCCGGCUACUACAGACCCAAUCGCAGAGGUUCCCCAAGGCCAACCAUGCAUGAUCACUUUGACAUCAACGAACACCUCCCCUGGAUGAUAGUCCUGCUGAUACUGCUGGUGCUGGUCGUGAUUGUUAUGUGUAGCGUCAAAAGGAGCUCUCGGGUGCUAAAGAAGGGCCCCAUGCAGGACCCAAGUAGCAUCAUGGAGAAGGCAAUUCAGAAGAAACCGUCUGUGCCUCCAACACAGGCCAGAGAGAAGUGGAUCUACUACUACUCGAAUGGCCAGGGGGUGGAUAUCCUGAAGCUGGUUGCAGCCCAAGUUGGCAACCAGUGGAUCGACAUCUAUCAGUCGCUGGCCAACGCCACCGAACGUGAGGUUGCUGCCUUCUCAAAUGGCUACUCGUCUGAUCAAGAGCGUGCGUACGCAGCGCUGCAGCACUGGACCAUCCGAGACAGCGGGGCCAACCUUGCCAAGCUGAUCAACGCUUUGCACCGGCAGCGCCGCAUCGACGUGGUGGAGAAGAUCCGCUGUAUCAUGGAAGACAACCCUCAGUUUGACAUCAACCAGCUGACGACCUCAGUGAAUGUAAGCCAAAGCCUUAGUCCCAUCCACAAGCUGCUGGACUCCCCCAGCAGCACGGUCAGCGGUGGCAGCAGCAGCAGCACCGGCGGCAGCAGCAGCGUUGGCAGAGCCAACGGCGUGGGCGCCGUCCAGUCGCCGAUGGACCGCACCAAAGGCUUCUUCGUCGACGAAUCGGAACCCCUCCUUCGCUGUGACUCCACGUCCAGCAAAGACUCCGCCCUUAGCAGGAAUGGCUCCUUCAUUACCAAAGAAAAGAAAGACACGGUUCUCCGGCAGGUCCGCCUGGACCCAUGUGACCUGCAGCCCAUCUUCGACGACAUGCUGCACAUCCUGAACCCCGAGGAGCUGCACUUCCUGGAGGAGAUCCCCACAGCCGAGGACAAGCUGGACCGACUUUUUGAGAUCGCCGGAGUAAAGAGCCAGGAAGCCAGCCAGACGCUGCUGGACUCGGUCUACAGUCACUUACCCGACCUGUUAUAGUGGAGGAGACAGGAGGAAAAGCACACAGGUGUUUGAAGCAAAAGGGAUGUAGUGUAGCUGAGAUUUAGCUUUGCUGUUAUUUCAGACAGUAUUGGACUCAUCAGGGCCACCGAUGUAACAUGAUUCCAGCAGCUUAUUUAGCGUUUGUCUGCUCCCUCUGAUGACUCUAUAAGUCCUAUCCUCAUUCCUUCUCUGUGUAAAUCCUCUCCGAUGUGUCAUACGGUCACCGCUGUCGGCUGUGUGACCUCAAACAUGCGGCUCCAAGGUUUCAAAGUUGAAUCAUGUACAGACUUCACACUGCUAGCACUUUAUUUAUCUGAAACGGCCAAUGCCUUCCUGCUUAAAGGACAAUACCGGUGUUUUUUCUUGUUUGUGCCAAUCAUUUGUGCCUUUCUU